AUGGAUAAAUUGGUGUUUGAAGUAGAAUUUUUUAAAGAAUUAAAUCAAAAGGGUAUAAACUUCACUGUUCGUCAUGAAUUCUUUGAUUAUAUUAAUGGCGUAUCAUUUUUGUUGCCUGGUGGACUUGAUAGCUUGAAAAAGGUUGCUGAUAUAUCGAAUCUUAACAUAGUACCCAGGCCUAGUCAUAUUGUUGAUGAUAAACUUAAAAAACGUGAUUACAAUACCAAUGACACAAUCCAAUUUGCUCCUAAUAAUAAUAUAAAUGAGAUACAUAAAGUCACUGGUGUUGAUCGUGUACAAAAUGAGAUUCUGAGUUUUGGGACUGGGAUUAAAGUUGGAAUUGUUGAUACAGGAAUUGAUUACAGACAUCCAGCACUUGGAGGUUGUUAUGGAACAGGAUGUAGGGUGGCAUAUGGGCAUAAUUUUGUUAUAGAUGGAACCAACUUUAAUAGUGUUAAUGAUCCACUUGAUACUUGUAAUGGUCAUGGUACACAUGUUGCUGGUUUGAUAGGUGCUAAUGACAGUCUAAUAACUGGAUUUAUGGGUGUUGCUCCUAAUGUUACUUUUGGUGCUUAUAAAUCCAUGAAUUGUCAAGGUACAGGGAGUGCUGACAAUAUAAUGGCUGCAUUAGAAGCAGCUGCAACUGAUCAAAUGGACAUAGUAAAUUUAUCUUUAGGAGGUGAAGGAUGGGCAGAAACUUCAAUGUCUGUUAUUGCAGAUUCAAUUGCAACUCGAGGAAUCAAUGUUAUAGCUGCUAAUGGUAAUGAAGGAACUCGUGGUAUAUGGGAUUCUGCUAUGCCUGCAAUUGGUUAUGGUACCAUUUCUGUUGCAUCAAUGGAUGCUAAAAAUUUUCUUGUUUAUAGAGCAACUGAUAUUAAAGAUCCUACAUUUAUUAUUGAUUAUAUUACAAGUAAUGCUAGACCUUUUAAUAUUAAUCAAGGAGAAACAGUAAUCUUUGAUAGUUCAAACAAUUGUAAAGAUGUUCCUGCUCAAACUUUAACAGGAAAAGUAGUAAUUCUAAAUCUCUAUGCUGCAAACAUUAAUCAAUGUAUUGUAUCACAACUGUUUACAGAUUUACAAGUAGCUAAAAUUGUAGGUGCUUUUGUUAUUGAUAAUACAACUACAGGACCUGAUAUAUUUGAUCCAUUUCAAGAUGAAGUUAAAUACCCAGUUGCAUAUAUUCUAUUAACUGAAGCUCAACAUUUGUUAGACAGAGCAGUAACUAAUAAACCAUUGACUUUAGAUUUUUCUGAUAAAAAAGGUUAUAUUAUAGAAAAUAGUUUUGGUUCAGUAAUUUCAUACUUUAGUUCUUGGGGAUUAACCCCUACUCUAGAUAUUAAGGAAAUUGUUGCGCCUGGUGGAGUAAUGUUUUCUACAUACCCUUUACCUUUUGGUGGUUAUCGUUUAAAUUCAGGAACAAGCAUGGCAACUCCAUACAUUGCAGGAUGUGUUGCAUUAUAUUUAUCAGCAACUGGUAUAAAACAACCAACUUUAGAUGUGAGAAAUGCAUUUAUGAAUUAUGCUAGACCACUCAAAUUUCCAUCUGGAACUGUUGUCUCACCAGUUUUACAACAAGGCACAGGAUUAGUUAAUGUCUUUGAUACCAUACUAGGCAAAAUAUUGAUAUCACCAUCAAAAUUAACAUUGAAUGAUACAUUAAAUGGAAUUAGUAAUAAGGAUUUGAAUUAUAUUGAAAAGAAUUUAACUGUCAAAGGUUUAAAUGAAUAUCAGGAAGUGUCAUUCAUAGUGAUACAUGAACCUUCUUACAGUCUAAAUGGUUAUAAUGGCACAACAAUAUUGGAUAGUAAAGAUUUGGUUUACAGUGAUGUGGUUGCUAAUAUUACAAUUGAACCUAAUAUUUUCACAAUUGCAAAUCAAAGCAGUCUCACAAUCAAUCUAAAAAUUACACCGCCAACCAUUAAUGAUGCAGCUGGUUUAGCAAGUUCAGCAAAAGAUCUACCAAUAUUUCAAAGUCCAGAAUUUCCUCAUAUUCAAGCUCCACAAAAUCCAAUAUUACCACCAAACUAUAUAUUUACAAUGACAUUUAAAAAUCUUCCUCUAUUGAAGGUAGUAUUUUCAACACCUACCGUACUAUUGGUGAAAAUAGAUUUGUCACAAAAAACAAGAAAAACUCGUCCAUUGGUUAGAAGUUGGGAAGGUGACUAUAUAGAAGGAAGUUUUGGUGAUGAUGGACAUUUCGUUCCAUCAACCACUGCUGUUAAUGGUGUACAAAUACCAAAUGGUGAUUAUUAUAUACAAUUUAGAGCUUUAAAAUUAUUCGGAGAUACUAAGGUUGUGGGUGAUUGGGAAUACUGGAAUUCUACUUCUUUUAAGAUUGAAAGACCCGCAACUCCCUGA